CUUAUUGAAUUUUUAUUUAUGGGGCAAGUGUCAAAAGUUUAAGGACCAGCCAGGUCAUUCUUGUAAAUCACUUAAAAGUUUGUAUAUUCGGAGAAUCUUGUUAACUAGCAUAUCCUCAAAGUCAAAGGCUUCCUAGAUCAUCAAUUUCCUAAGUUCCAUAAAAGACAAAUCACGUCACUUGUGUUCCUUAUUUGAAGAGGAAGCAUCAUAUGAACAGAGUCAAAUUAAAUAAAGAUUAUAGAGCAGGACAAGUCGAUAAACAUGGAAUCUCAACCAACAUCACCAGGAUUUGGAGCGUCACUGCAACUGAAAGACUGCAUAGAAGAGUUGCUGAGGUUCACACUUGCUUCUUCCAUAGACAGCACUCUUGAAAUUAACUUGGGUCUCUCCAAAGACUACUGCUCCACCCUCUUACAAGACAAUUCUUCCAACCUACUUCCCAAUUCCACUAGUGGUCUUUCUGUAGGAGUUCCGUUAUAUCCUUUAUACAAGCACCUUGCAGCAUCCUUAUAUGAGGCCAUUUCUUCUGAAGCCUUGCCAAUGACAGAAAACAAAAUUGCAGAAAUGCAAGAAAGUAGUUCUUUGAAGCAAAAGGAAGAAGACUGGGCUAGUUUAAUAAAGGAAAAAGGUUCUUAUUUGCUCAAUGUGCUAAAAUCUGUGGACUUUGAAAUCCAUGUUCAGGAGCCUUACUUCUCCCUGCUUAGAAAUGGAAAGAAAACAAUUGAAGGAAGGUGUGCUGUUGGACAUUAUAAUAAGUAUGACUUCAUUAUGACUUGCAUGCAUUUUGCUUACUCUAUUGACUGCUUCUGCCCUCUCCUCGUUAAACUUGUUGUGCUUAAUGCUGAUUCUCAAGGUCUCCAAUCAAUGGUUUCUUUUUUGGAUGUUAGCAUUGAACCAGGUGCUUUCAUCCUCGUCAACAAAUGUUUAGUUCUUCAAGUUCAGGAUGUCCAUCAUUAUCAUUCAUUUCGCGAGAUGUUAGAAGCAGAGAGUCUUCAAGAAGUUCUUCCUGGAGUUGAUACCGCUGAAGAAGGUGUCCAAGUUUACCGGAAAUUUUACUCAGAAGAGAAAGAAAGGUCAAAUGGUGUUCUUGCUAUCGGUGUUAAGAAGCUGGCUUCUCAGCCUUCCAUUUAUCUGGGUUCCAUGCUUUCUGAACUCAGCUAUGCAGGUGUUCAGAGGCUUUUAGGAUUUGUAUGCACAGUUGGAACAGUUUCUGAGGCACUUCCACCACCAGCAUCUACUCUAAUCUCAUCAUUUCUGUUGCCACAUAAUCCAAAUGCUAAAGGUUGUACCUUGACUGAUGGAGCGAGGGCAUUGUCAAAGCAUGUGAACAGGAGCAGCGACAGCUACUGGGGUAGUUUUUCUGGAAGUGAUUCCGACAAAAAUAGGGUUGCCCUGGAUGUCAUCAGCGACUUGAUAACUCAUUGCUGCUGGAUGAAUGUGCAUAUUGUUCCACCACAUGGGGUUGUUUUUGAGAUAAGAGUUGCUAAUGGUUAUGGUGCACGGUGGUCCAAAGAUGGAAGUAAGUUUAUUGGUUUUCUUGAGCCCUAUAUGGAGGAUGGCCAUUCAAAGGGAUGGAGGCACUGAAUAGCAGAAGACACAGUUUAAUCUUUGGAUUAUGUUUCUCUUUCUUUUUUAACAGGGAACUUUGCUAACUGUAGGAAUCAUUCCCUUCUGUUUAUCAUUUUUUAUAGACUAUGCAUUUCACUAAUGGUUAAUCA